GUUGUUAUUAUUAUUAUUAUUAUUAUUAUUAUUAUUAUUAUUAUUAUUAUUAUUAACAAGGAAACUUGUAUGCACAAUGGCACAGUCACACUCUGAAUUUAAGCGAGAUACGUGUGUGAUGUGUGUGUGAAUCUCUCUCUUUUUGUACCCACACACAUAUAUGUACACACACAGUAGUGAUGUAGGUUAACACCUGGAGAGAGAGAAAAUGUGCUGAUUACUUGCACUCAUCAGAGAUCACAUUUAUUUGCAGAGCACCUACAUACAAGCUGGACUUAAGGUCUCUAGAUCUACUGCUACUUUGCUCUCUACAGAAUUUUUUGAAAACCAUGAAACAAGUCUCCAUCUACUCCCAUAUCCCUAAAACAAUGCUGGUUCUGUCAAAUAUAUGCCCUGCUUUUUUCUCUCAACUAAAUUCAUAGAUACAUGUGCUGAAUCUAUCCAGAGAUAUAGGCGCAUAUAUCACUAAUUAGAGCUGGCAACUUUGCAAGAAGUGACUGCAUUUAUGUUUUGUUUUGUUUUUUCUAGGAAGAAGCAGGGGCUCAAUGGACAACUGUCUCAUUAAUGCUGCUCAGGCAACUCUUGCUGUGUACUGCCUUAGGUAGGAACUGUCGACAUAUGUGGUGCCUGUUUCAUCAGAAAAUGACAACCACCCUCCUAGCCUUCUUUGUCCAUCUAGAAAUAAAGUGAAAAUUCUUACUCGAGAGUAUAGUAAUGAAAUUAACAAAAAUGAAAUAGUUUAAGAGUCCUAUAGAGAUAGUUUUCAGUACUGGGGAGGGAUCAUAUACAGUGGUGUAGUAAAACUGUGCUCCUUAUGUGAAAUAAUGAAUAACUCAAAUGAAUGCUAGAGAGAGCUUGAGGUUCUGUGAAAUGGUGGGAGGCUACAGCAGGGUAUACAACACAUCCACGUAGUGCUUCGCACAUGGUAAAAUCUAGGUUUGCUUUUUGGAAUUAUUAUUUUUUGUCUGAAUAAUUUUGAGCCGUGUUUGAUUGAAUCUGUGGAUUUUCAGGGCCAACUGUAAAUAUUAAAUAAUAUAUGUAAAAUAUCAGGAAUAUUAAAAAUGUUUGUAUGUCAUUUCAUGCCCUAGACUUUAUAUUGAAGUGUGUUUAUAUUUUAUAUUUACAGGUUAAGAAGGCAAAGCAAAUAGUACUGUUUGGUCUACAACUUAAGGGGAACAUGCAGUGAACAAAGAGUGAACUUCACAUUACUAAACAUAGUAAGACUUAAAGACAUUUUUGUUUAUUACUUCUGAAGGCUUCAGCAAUCCAGAUUUAUUCACCGCAAACAUCCCCUGGGAACUCCUGUCAUAUAGAUGUCUAUGGAAAAUAGCAGUGUGAUAUCUGAAUUUAUUUUUCUGGGAUUUGAUGAUCAGCCAGAACUGAAGAUUCCCAUUUUCAUAAUGUCUUUGAUCAUCUAUAUUAUCACAGUGGUGGGCAAUCUUGGACUAGUUUUGCUGAUCAGAAUGGACUCUCAGCUUCACACGCCUAUGUAUUUUUUCCUUGGUAAUUUGGCUGUUCUUGAUUUUUGCUACUCUUCCAACAUCACUCCUAAGGCCUUGGAAAUUUUUCUGUCAGGAGGGAGACCCAUUUCUUUCACAGGCUGCUUCAUCCAAAUGUAUCUCUUUGUUGCUCUUGCGAGUACUGAAUUCAUCCUUUUUGGGCUGAUGGCCUAUGACCGUUACGUGGCCAUCUGCAACCCUUUGUUGUAUACAUCUAUCAUGUCCCACAUUCAGUGUAUAAAGAUGGCAGGUGGAGCAUUUGCAGGUGGCUUCCUGAACUCAAUUAUUCAUACCACUUUGGUAGGCACUUUGUCUUUCUGCCAAUCUAAUGAAAUCAACCAUUUCUUUUGUGAGAUCCCCCCUCUUCUCAAGCUCUCAUGCUCAGAUACAUUUGUGGCAGAAAUGCUUAUGUCUGUACAAAACAACAGCAGGGUAUCUGAAUUUAUCUUUCUGGGAUUUACUCAUCAGCCAGAGUGGAAGAUUCCCCUUUUCAUACUGCUAUUGCUGAUCUUCAUUAUAACUGUGGCGGGCAAUCUGGGACUGGUUUUGCUGAUCCGAAUGGACCUUCAGCUUCAUACUCCCAUGUAUUUUUUCCUCAGUAAUUUGGCUUCUCUAGAUAUCUGCUACUCUUCCAACAUCACCCCCAAAGUCUUGGAAAAUUUCUUGUCAGAAAGGGAAACUAUUUCAUCCACAGGUUGCUUUGUUCAAAUGUUUUUCUUUGUUGCUCUUGCAAGUAUAGAGUGCAUCCUUUUGGGGCUGAUGGCCUAUGACCGCUAUGUGGCCAUUUGCAACCCUUUGCUGUAUACAUCUAUCAUGUCCCACACCAAGUGCAUCAAGAUGGCAAGUGGUGCCUUCAUAACUGGUUUCUUGAACUCACUGAUAAAUACUACUUUGAUAAGUACUCUGUCUUUCUGCCAGUCCAGGGAAAUUGAUCAUUUCUUCUGUGAGAUCCCUUCACUUCUCAAACUCUCAUGUUCAGAUAUAUUUGUAGCGGAAAUGUUAGCUUUCAUUUGUGCUGGGCUUGUUCUCUUGGGACCUCUCUCUGUCAUUGUCAGUUCCUAUAGCUACAUCCUUUUCACCGUGCUCAAUAUCAACGUUCGUGAGAGUCAAAGGAAAGCUUUCUCUACUUGCUUCUCCCAUUUGACUGCUGUGGCCAUAUUCUAUGGAACUGGCCUAUUUGUCUAUUUGCAACCCAGCUCAAACUAUUCUGAAGGUCAACACAAAAUAACAUCUCUGUUUUAUGCAUUUGGCAUCCCAAUGCUUAACCCCUUUAUCUACAGUCUAAGGAACAAGGAAGUCAAGGAUGCACUGAAGAGAGUGAGGAAGAGAAAUGUGCUACAGAAUUGUAGACUGGCUAUGUGAGGAAUUCAAAUUCGUAUUCAGCUUGAUGCCAGACUUAUAAAUGUUUGCUCUCGUGGUUAUCUGUGAGCAUCAUAUUCUGGGCUUCAGACAAAGAGGUUUUGCUAAACCAGAAAAUAACUGUGUGACUUCCUCUUGGUGCACAAUAUUUUCUAACAGUGCAUUAAUGUUUUGGCCUAGAUGUGUUAAGUCAUAAACAAACACAAACACAAAGUCAACAUCUAGUUUCUGAGAGUAUCAGAAGUAAUGGCUGGGUCUCCUAUUACUAGUCGUAUCACUAGUGUUGAUCUCAACCAGUGUGAUAACUUAUGCUGGCACCCACAUGGACCUCCUUCCAUACCAGAAUCCUUAGUAAUGUUUUUUUUUGUAUUAAUGUUACUCAUAAAUUGCAAUUCUUGUAUAUUUUUGAGUGAAAAGACAAAAUGAGUUACUACAAAAAACUCAACAAUGAAAGCAACCAGGCAUGCUUGUAGCAUGGGCAGAUAAAACCACAUCACUCAAAGCAUAAUUGUAACCGAGUAAAAAUUACUGCUUUUUUUUUUCUUUUUCGUGUCAGGAGCAACCGGAGUUGCUUCUGGAGUGAGAGAAUUGGCCGUCUUCAAGGACGUUG